UACCCUGUAAGCCUUUGUUCGCAGUGGGGACGGUUAAAUUCGUCAGCAUUUCUCUUCGAGCCGGUCUUCAUUGUGUAUCAGCUCACGACUAUCAGCGAGGAGUAACGCACAGAUUCAUCUGGCCAAAUCAACCAGAUUAUCUCUCUUGAUACUCUUUUAUCAAUAAUUGAAACGUGAUAAUGGACGAUGAGUGGGGACAAGAAAGCGUUCAAGUUUGUUCUUCAAAUUCAGAGAAUGUCGAUGAUGGUGGACGUAGCUAUGGAAAAGGACGUGGUUUUAUAGUACGAAAUAAUAACAAUGAUACCUGGGUAGCAGGAAAGAAUGACAAUAAUUGGCCAUAUGACAAUAAUAGCAAUGAUUUUUGGCAAUCUGGUAGAGGCGGAAGUAGAGGAGGAGGUAGAGGAGGAGGUAGAGGAGGUAGAGGUGGUGAUAGAGGAGGUGGUUUUAGAGGAAGAGGAGGUAGAGGUGGAGGUUUCAGAGACAAAAACAGAGAUGACGAUGAUGGCGGCAGUGGGUACAGAGGAAAUGAUGACUAUGGGGAUGGUGAUAAUGAUGAACAACAUGACAGAGGUAAUAGGCCUAGGGGAAAGUUUAAUGGCUUCAGUGAUAACAAUGACAAAGAAGAACCUGAGAAACCUCGAGAAGUGUACAUUCCACCAGAAUUGCCUACCGAUGAAAAUUCCUUGUUUGAAAAUGGUGUCUCCAUGGGAAUUAAUUUUGACAAAUAUGAUAAUAUUGAAGUUAAAGUAAGUGGAGAAAAUACACCUGAACCAAUAGAGAGCUUUGAAACCACUAGCCUUAGAAGUAUUGUGUUAGAGAAUAUUAAAAGAUCAGGAUACACAAAACCAACUCCUGUCCAAAAACAUGCUUUACCAAUUAUAAUGAAUGGCCGUGAUUUAAUGGCUUGCGCACAAACAGGUUCCGGAAAAACUGCUGCAUUUGCAAUUCCCAUUAUCAAUACUUUAUUGGAGAAGCCUACAGAUUUAGUUAUAACUUCGUCAUAUUGUGAGCCACAAGUUAUUAUUGUAUCGCCUACUCGUGAACUAACUAUACAAAUUUGGCAACAGAUUGUUAAAUUUUCUUUACAUUCCAUUCUGAAGACUGUAGUUGCAUAUGGUGGAACAUCCGUAAUGCAUCAAGGGGGAAAACUUUCUGCAGGUUGUCACAUUCUUGUGGCAACACCUGGAAGAUUAUUAGACUUUCUAGACAGAGGAAGGAUUAAAUUCUCUUCUGUCCGAUUUCUUGUAUUGGAUGAAGCAGAUCGUAUGUUGGAUAUGGGAUUCCUACCUAGCAUUGAGAGGAUUGUAGACCAUGAUUCAAUGGUUCCAUUGAGCGAAAGACAGACAUUAAUGUUCUCUGCUACUUUCCCAGAUGAAGUGCAAAUGUUGGCAAAGAGAUUCUUAAACAAUUACCUAUUUCUUGCAGUUGGUAUUGUAGGUGGAGCAUGUUCAGAUGUUGAACAAAAUUUUUAUGAAGUCGAAAAAAGGAAGAAAAGAGAGAUGCUUAAAGAAAUCUUGGAAAGAGAAAAUGAUGCAGGUACAUUAAAAGGUACCUUAGUAUUCGUGGAGAUGAAAAAGAGGGCAGAUUUUAUAGCAGUAUUUUUGUCUGAAAUUAAUUAUCCCACCACAAGUAUUCACGGUGACAGAUUACAAAGGCAAAGAGAAGAAGCAUUAGCUGAUUUCAAAAGUGGAAAAAUGUUGAUCCUAGUAGCUACAGCAGUUGCUGCUAGGGGUUUAGAUAUUAAAAAUGUUUCUCAUGUUAUAAAUUACGAUUUGCCAAAGGGAAUCGAUGAAUACGUUCAUCGAAUUGGAAGAACUGGCCGUGUAGGCAAUCGUGGUAGAGCUACGUCAUUUUUCGACUCUGAAGAGGAUGGACCUCUACGAGAUGAUCUUGUCAGAAUAUUGAAACAGGCAAGUCAACCUGUUCCAGAUUGGCUAGUAUGUGGAAAUUCAAGUAGAAGCUUUAUGCCUGGAAGAGGAAACAGAUUUGGAGGACAAGAUAUAAGAGGGUUUGAAGCAGGUGGAGAACAAUACGGUGAAGAAGCCUAUAUGCCUUCUGUACCAGUUGAACCAGAGGAACCGUGGUAAAAAUUGUUGUUUUAACCUAUGUAUUUCUGUCAUAAUUUCAUCAGAAAGAGGAUAUUAUAAUGCUCCUUCAUUCAUUUACUACGCCAGAGGUACAAAAUUACUAUAAUCCCGUAUAUUUACGUCUAUGUUAUUAAUGUACGAUGAUAAUAUUUUUCAGUUAAGUUUCAAUUUUGUUUUUACUUUUUUUCGACAAUGGUCAGUGAUGUAUUUAAAAUAAAACAUGUAUACCUCUUUAGAAGUCGGUUAAGUACAAAAUAACGGAAUGUUACCUUCGUUGUUGAUGCGACGUACACAACUAAGAACUAAUAUAUAAUUUACGAAGAUACGUAUCUCUUGUACCUCUCGAUAUAGUUUAUGGUACUUCUCCAUCGAUCGUACAAAUGUUAGCUUUUAAGAGCAAAUUAUAUGGAGAUCAAAUCCUAUAAAGCGUACUUUAUUUUAUAAAAUGAUACUCUCUAAUAUUAUGUUAAGUGUUUUUUUAUACGUUCCUUUUUGUAAUAAAAUAUUAAUGAAAAGUAAAA